AUGAACAACACCUCCACUACCACCAACACUCGUACACCUCCUUUGCCCACCCGUAUGGAUGGAACACGCCACAGGCAGGAGACGCCUACGCCUCCCAACCUGUUCGUGGAGACGAUCAAAGUCAUGGUUGAAGGCCGCGUCUACAGGGUCCCGUCUUAUCACCUACUGACGAGCCGUAUGAUCCGCGAAGGCCUACAGAUCGUCCACGGAGAUGAUACCGAACGGAGCAUCGACCUCACGUUCCACGCGAACAGGGAGGAUUUCGAGAAUCUAAUCGAAGUUUUGUACCCGUCGAACAUCACUUUUGACAAAUCACCUCGAGGGAGAAUCUGGCUCUCCGCCCUUAAACUCGCCACCCGCCUCGAGAUGAAGGCGACUCGGGCAGCGUCGAUCUACGCCAUCAUGCAUAACGCCGUCGGGGACAUGGGUACCAUGGAAAAGGUGCUCGUCGGCCAGGCACACGGUGUCCCCUCCCUCUUCUGUCAAGGCUGCGAGGAGUUCGUUCUUCGAAGUGACACCCCUACAAUCGCUGAAUUGUUACUACUGAAAGGUCCAGGAGCGAGGCUCAUGCUCCUUCGGGAGGAGCGCAUCCAGAUGCAGCUUCAGGGCGUACGCAGAUGUUUUGAUGCCGCGAAACGUGUAGGGGAGGUUUUCAAGGAGGAUCUGGAGAAGCUGGAAGACAUAGAGAAACGAAUGUCGGCCGGCGGUCGGCGAAGCAGUGAGGGCAGUGUCAAUGGAUCCUGUCCUCGAGAUCUCGACGCGUCGAAGGAAAGGAUCACGAAGAGGGCCCGAAUGAAUUGA